AUGUUCAUACAGGGCAAGCGCAAGAAGUCAAGCUCGAAGCCCCAGGGGCCCAAAAAGAGGGAACCUCUCGCUACCACCUUUUCCUGUCUCUUUUGCAACCAUGAGAACUCUGUGAUCGUCAAGUUAGACAAGAAGCUUGGCCUAGGCGAUCUUUCUUGCAAAGUUUGUGGCCAGAAGUUCCAAACUGGUAUCAAUUAUCUCUCUGCCCCCGUGGAUGUCUAUUCGGAUUGGGUAGAUGCAUGUGAUGCAGUUGCGAAGGACACCGCCAAUCAAUAUGACGCACCGAACCCAAGCCAGUCAGGACAGAGAGGGAUCAGCAAGCAGGGCAUUCCAGAAGAGACUGCGCAGGGCGAUAGCUAUGAUGAUGACUACUGA